UUCACACACACGUCGUACACAUGGAGGUGGAGUGCCACCACCACCGCGAGGACUGGGUGCAUUAUGUCUGUUCCAAAGUCAUACCGUACUGCAAAAUCAAUCGUCAACAGCUAUUCUAAUAGAUUAAAUGUUAUAUCGUAUUGCUAUAGAAAAUCAGCACCAAAGCGUAUUGCAUUUGAUAAAUUUACACAAGAGAAAUAUAAGGAAGUAAGUGAAUAUGAUUUGUUACCUCCUGCAUACUUCAAGUACCUUCCGAAAUCAGCUCCUCCUGUUCUUCAUUGGAAACAAGAACCAGGUAUAUGGAAGAAGCAUCCAGAAACUGGAGAAAAGGUUCGAGUGAACAAUGUACCAGUACCAGUACACUACCCAAAGGCAAGCCAAAUGGGCUUGUGGGCAGGGGAAGGCAUUGUGAGAGGGUAUGCAAAAGCCCAUAAAACAAGAGGCAUGAGGUACCCUAGACAAUGGAAACCAUUCAUAACCAGCAGAAAAUUUUACAGUGAGAUACUGGACAAAGUAUUCGACAUACCAUGUACAUUACGUGCACUUAAUAAGGUUGAUGAAGCAUUUGGGUUUGAUCACUAUAUAUUAAAGACAUCACCUGAAGAAUUGAAUUCUCUACUGGGGAUGACCUUGAAACGACACAUGUUACUGGCCUUAGCAAGGAAGGAUAUGUACCCCGAUGAUCCUGCAAAAAGAGAAAAAGUCUACAACAAGUAUAAACAGUAUGAGGUGCCUGAGGAAGAAGCAAUCUGGGUAGGUUUGACCAGAGGUCAAGCUAUAGCCCUGUACAGACAUUUGCUGCCUCCAGAAGCAAAAGUAAGACCCUUGAAAAAUGUAUAUACUGAAGAAUUGCUAGACAAACUUAAAGAACAAAAUGUAAAUAUGGAAGUAGAAUCAGAAGAAAAACCGAAAAGUUCCCCUUCCUUCAUUUCGAGAAUAUUUAGACGCGGUAGCAAACCAGGUGAUGAGAGCAGUGUAUGAUGACAAUUUAAUAUAGAUGUCUUGACAUACAUAAGUUAUCAGUCCAGUUAUCAGUUUCUUGAUACAACACUAUUGAACACAGUGAAACAACAAAAACUUUUAAGGAUUUUAUUUUUAAAAGAAAAAUACCACCAGUAAAGUUGUAGCAUUUGAUAAACUGAGAUGCCCAAAGAUAUUAAACUUUUUAUCAUGAGAGUUAUUAAAGACUUUUACACUGUAUUGUAUGUAUGUGACUAGUCCAGAUUGGGUUUGGCAGGAACAGUCGUGCAAAAACAACACAAUGCUAUGAUUAGCAUUUCUCAAAGUGCAAAUUGUUUUGAGAUGCUAUUAAGAAAUGCAUUCAGGUGCUCCAAAAGUCAAAUAUUCAACAUUUAAAUAUAUUUAACAUUUAAAUAUAUUUAACAUUUAAAUAUAGUCAACAUUUAAAUAUAGUCAACAUUUAAAUAUAUUUAACAUUUAAAUAUAUUUAACAUUUAAAUAUAUUUAACAUUUAAAUAUAUUUAACAUUUAAAUACAUUUAACAUUUAAAUAUAUUUAACAUUUAAAUAUAUUUAACAUUUAAAUAUAUUUAACAGUACAAUGUUAUGUUGACUUUUAUGCUAGUGUGUGAUCAUCAGUAAAAUCUGUCAGGGAAAAUUGAGGUAUGGUGGGGCAGGGGGGGUGUUUGGGAAAUGUCUGUGGGGAAUAAUAGACCACCUUCAGCCCUAUUCUGAACUAUUUCCAGUUGCUAAAUGCUGUAGUUUAUUUAAUGAGUAAAAUAAUACUUUGUUCUAAUGGAUAGGAUACUACUCUGGUAUAAUUAAAUCUACAGUAUCACAUGAUA